AUGGCUGCUUCUCUUUUGGGUGCUGCUGGGUUUGCCCUCACCCUAGUAGUGGAACCCGCCUCUGCUGCCGAGCUUCCAUUGAUGAUGGGUUCUUCUUCUUUGCCGCUCUAUGAACCCCCAAAUGCCCUCUCUUUGCCCACAUGGGCCAUCCACGGUUAUGGCAAUGAUCGUCCGAAACUUGCAAUGUACAAGAACCGUUUGCAAGAGUACACUAAAAAAUCAUCCAUUCCACUCCCAGUUUAUGAAACAAUUAAUAAAGGAGGAGUUCCACAUGAGCCAAGGUUUAGGUCCACUGUCCGGGUGGAUGGAGCAUCAUAUACAUCUCAUGAUGUAUUUUCACAACGAAAGGCUGCAGAGCAAGAUGUUGCUAGGAUGGCAUUGGAUGGUAUAACACAAAAGAUACUUAUUCGUGAGGAAACAGUCUUUUGCAAGUCUAUCCUCCAUGAAUUUCCAGUCUUUUGCAAGUCUAUCCUCUCUGAAUAUGCAGUCAAGAUGCAUCUGGAGAAACCCACUUACAACACAACUUGGUCAGUGGGGUUGCUUCCACUUCGUGUAUCUGCUUUGGUAUUCAAUAGUGUUACUUACACUGGCGAGGCAGGCAAAAACAAGGAGGCUGAACAGUUGGCAGCACGGAAAGUUAUCCUGUCAAUUUUGGAUACUUCCGACUUAAGAACUGUCAUCACUGAGAUCAUCAAGUCUAAAGUGAAGGUUAAUGAAGGAGACUCCACCCAGAGUGGCAUUAAUCCUGUGGCAAAGAGCACUGCAGGAACUAUUGUUUUUGUGCCUCCAGCUCAAGCCCUCGAACAACCCCUGGAUAUUGGUUCAAGUUCUACCAAAAAACGACGUAAGAAGGCUAAAAAGAAAUCUCGGGACGAUGCUCAGUUGCCAGUUGCUGUGGUGGCUUAAAGUCAAAUUCCUUCUUGUUCAGUUUCAAGUUGUUGUGCAAUGUUGCUUUGAAUGAAGACCAUCCUUGUCUCAAGCGUACUAUUUCUUGUUUUUUUUUUUGAACCGUACUUUUUCUUGUUGGA